AUGCCCCCAGCUCUGCUCUCACCUCCAGAUGCCGAGAAGACCCUGAACUACUGGAAUGAAGGGGCCAGGAGGAGACUGGAGUUGGCCCUGGCGCUGCAGCCGGCAGCACGGCGGGCCAAAAACAUCGUCCUCUUCGUGGGUGAUGGCAUGGGGCUGCCCACGGUGUCGGCGGCUCGGAUCUACAAGGGGCAGCUGGCUGGCGGCUUGGGCGAGGAGAGUGUCUCCUUUCCCCAUGUGGCCCUGGCCAAGACCUACACCAUCGACCGCCAGGUGCCCGACAGCGCUGGCACAGGCACGGCCUACCUCUGCGGGGUGAAGGCCAAUGCCAAGACACUGGGGCUGAGUGGGGCAGCCGUCUACGGCAAAUGCCGCACCACCUUUGGCAACGAGGUGGACUCCAUCCUGCACCGGGCCAGGCUGGCAGGCAAGUCCGUGGGAAUCGUGACGACCACACGGGUGCAGCACGCAUCCCCCGGGGCAGCCUAUGCCCACUCGGCCAGCCGGAGCUGGUACGCUGACACCAACAUGCCCAAGGAGGCGUUGCGGGAUGGCUGCAAGGACAUCGCCUAUCAGCUGGUGCACAACACAGACAUCAAUGUGAUCUUGGGAGGUGGGCGGAUAUACAUGACCCCUAAGCAGACCCCAGACCCUGAGUACCCGGAGGACUCGGAUCAGAACGGCAUCAGGAAGGAUGGUCUGGACUUGAUUGCCAAAUGGCUGAGUGCCAAGCAGGGUGCCCGCUAUGUCUGGGACAAGAAGGGCCUGGAUGCGGUCGAGGAUGACUCUGUGAGCCACCUAAUGGGUAAGAGCAUCACUGACUGGGCACUGGCCCCCUCAAGCGUGGAGAUGACGGAAAAGGCCAUUCGCAUCCUGCGCAGGAAUCCCAAUGGCUUCUUCCUCUUUGUGGAAGGUGGCAGGAUUGACCACGGCCACCACAGCGGCCGGGCCAAGCAGGCACUGAUGGAGGCCGUCAUGCUGGACCGGGCGGUGGCACGGGCGGGCGAGCUCACGUCCCCCUCCGACACUCUGACCGUGGUGACAGCCGAUCACUCCCACGUCUUCACCUUUGGAGGCAACACGCUGCGUGGCACCUCCAUCUUUGGGCUGGCCCCAAAGAAAGCCAAGGACAAGCGAGCCUACACCAGCCACUGAGGCUGCACGGGGGUAGGGGAGCCUGCUGCCCCCAGCCCCAUUUCUCCUGCCUGCCCUGCAGAGGACAAGGACUACAGGCAGCAGGCAGCCGUGCCCCUGGAGACGGAGACCCACAGCGGGGAGGACGUGGUGGUGCUGGCCCAGGGCCCCAUGGCCCACCUCUUCCAUGGGGUGCAGGAGCAGCACUACAUCGCCCAUGCCAUGGCCUAUGCUGCCUGCCUCGAGCCCUACGCCACCGAGCCCCAGUGCAGGGCAGCCCGCAGGGCGUCCCGUGGCACCCAGUGCCCCCCGCCACCCCUGCUCGCCCUCCUGACCCUCUGUAUGGCCGCCCGCUUGGUGGGGGGCUGA